AUGGCCAAAUCUAUAGCCGCAUGGAAGUUGCGCCAGCAUUGGGUAAAUCGCCAUGAAAUUGCCCUCCUCGACGUCCGCGAAGAAGGCCCAUAUGCCGAGUCCCAUCCUCUAUUCGCAUUAAGUGUGCCUGUAUCGGAGAUUGAGAAGAAAUUGCCUCCGCUGGUUCCUCGAUUGUCAGCCCCAAUUGUUGUCUACGACGAUGGCGAGGGUUAUACUGAUCGCGCCGUGGCCCGGAUAUUAGCCCUGGGAUAUCGGGAUGUUGCUAUCCUGGAAGGCGGGCUUUCUGGAUAUGCCCGUAUUGGCGAAGUUUAUCGCGAUGUCAAUGUGCCGUCCAAGGCAUUUGGCGAGCUCGUCGAAUCUAUCAAUCACACUCCAUCCUUGGCUGCGCGGGACGUCAAGGAUCUUCUUGAUAGUAGUGACAGUGAUGUGGUUGUUUUGGAUGCCAGGCGUUUCGAGGAGUAUAAUACAAUGAGCAUACCCCGUGGCCGCAGCUGCCCGGGAGGCGAACUGUUGUAUCGCGUUCUUGAGGCCGUACCCUCUCCAAAGACUACAGUCAUCGUCAAUUGUGCCGGUCGAACACGAAGCAUUGUUGGGACACAGUCUUUGAUUAAUUCCAGGAUCCCAAAUAAAGUAGCUGCACUCCGAAAUGGAACUAUCGGCUGGACAUUGGAAGGUUUAGAGCUGGAGGCCAAAAAGACACAGCGAGUUCCACACCCUUCAGCUGAAGCAUCGCAAAAGGCUCGGCAAUACGCCGAAUCUUGGGCCGACCAUGUUGGUGUCUCUUGUAUUGAUAGUGAUCAGCUCCGUCAAUUUUCUGAGGACUCGGAAAACCGAACUCUAUACUUGCUAGACGUGAGAGACCCGGAGGAGUAUGCGGUUGGUCACCCGGCGGGCUUCUCCAAUGCUCCUGGUGGUCAAUUAGUACAAGCCACCGACGAAUGGGUCGGUGUUCGAGGGGCUCGCAUUGUGUUAUAUGAUACAGACGGUGUGCGAGCACGCAUGACAGCCAGCUGGCUCUUACAACUCGGAUGGGAGGUGUAUGUCUUCGAGGAGCGGUCUCCAGUGCUGGAUGACCUUCAACUGCCUAAAACCGUUUCAUGGCAUUCUUCAACAUCUGCUGCUGUUACGAUUGACGGCCUUCAAGCUCUCACAGGAGCCACAGUAGUUGAUCUCGCCCGAAGCCCGUCGUAUCGCAAGGGUCACAUUCCCGGUGCAUGGUUUGCUUCUGGACCCGAACUUGCGCGAGAUUUGAGGCUUAUUCCCGGUGACGGUGCAAUCGUGUUGACCUCACCUGAUGGUAGUGUUGCCGCCAUGAAUGUCGAGGAUGCACGAAAAUCAGUCUCGCGAGAAGUCUUGUAUUUGACGGGAGGGACAGCGGCUUGGGUAGUAGCUGGCCAUGCACUCGAGACUGAGUCACGUUGGCUUUCUCAGCCGAUCGAUGUGUAUAAAAGGCCGUACGAGGGGACAAGCAACGCCCGCAAGGAUAUGCAAGGAUAUCUCGACUGGGAGUAUGGGCUUGUAGCGCAACUGGCGAACGACGGGGUCGCUUGUUUUCACGUUGUGCGAGACCAGCGAGCAGUGUGA